AUGGCUCCGUGUUCUGGAGGUUCCGUGGAACCGAACGACCGGAGCGUUCGGGACGCGGCUCCAGCAUCAGUGGCGUCUGCUCUGGUGCAGUCCGAGGGACAAGUGCGAGUCGACGCAGAGCUGCAGCGACAAUUGGGAACAGAGAAGCGCUCGCCGCAACCCCCGACGCCAGUGCGUGCUGUGGUUGAUAAGGUAUCCAAGAUUCUUUCGUUUUGUGAGUGCUUGUACGAUUUUGAGCUCCAGGUUAAAACGUUCAGCACGCUCGGCAGCUGGGCGGCGUUCCGUGAGCACCUCUGCGAGCAGCCGGACAUUCUCUAUGUGCCUGUUGAUGAAGUUGAUCGUGAAACGGCGACCGAUGCUCUUCCCGUGUUCUUGAUUGAGUACGUUUUUGAUGCAACGUUGGCGUACUGGCGCCAGCGGGAAACAGGCACCGCGCCAGGGGCGACUGCCGGCCAGACGUCGCCGGCUGCAGGCAUGACGCGGGCGUUCUGGACGUUCUGGGCAGAUACCCUAGAACUCAUCGCACGUCAGACGCAACGAAGCAUGCCGGUAGCAGUCGUGAAAUGUCUCCUGCGCUGGAUACCAGCGAUCGUACGCGCUUUCGGCCAGGCUGACGAGCCACGAGACCCUCGUUGCGGUGUUGCGUUGCGAUGUGCAUUGCAGAGUCUGGGGCGUUUGCUUUCUCAUGCGUUAUGCCGAGUACCAAAUGGCGAAGUCGCUCGACAGGUCUGCACCGCCAUUGCUAAGGUCGUCGUGCGCAUGCUCUGGCCCAGCCAACAAGAGACCGCUCAGGCUGCGCUCGAAUGGGCGCUUGACCGCCUCCAUGCGCUUCUGGACGGAGUGGACACCGCCGUUGUAGCACAUUCCGCCGCACCGGAAUCGAUCAUGGUGCUGGUGCGAGAACUGCAGCGACGUCUGGGGUCCGCUAUUGAAACGAUGAACGCGCGCUUCGCCGUUCCCGAUCAGAAGAUAGCGCUGCCUGGAAUCCUUGCGACGAUGGAACGUGCGCUGCAUCUGGUACAUGACCUGGAGAAGCGUCUCGCUGCGCAUGUUCAGGAGCCUGCAGCGGCAACCGAUCACAGUAGCGAAGCACUAGACGCUGAACGCAACUGCAGCACUGAAAGACGCCGCGCACUGCGCAGAGCAAGUCACGCUGUCGGUGCGUCUGACGCUGGCAAUGGUGCUGGCGUCCAAAGUGCUGCUGCUGCUGCUGCUACGGUGGAUGCAAUGGAAGCGAUAGAGACGACGGUGGUGGUGGCGGCGGCGGCACAACAGCAGUCAGAAUGCCGCCUCAAGGACACCAUGGAUUCCACGGCAACCACAGAGGUCGUUUUAUGGUCGCAGCUGGAGAACGCUGUGCAAGUACUGCACAUCAAACCGGCGGCCGACUGGGAAAAACGUGUCGAAGCCCUCGUCUUCAUUGAAGAACGGGCACAGCGAUUGUCGCGUGCCGACCUUGCCGAAUUCCUGCGCCAGUCGAGUCUGCGCUACGCCCUCGUGGAACAGAUCCAGGACCUGCGCUCCCAGGUCGUGCGCCAUGCCUGUGCAACAUCAGCCACGCUAGCACGCGCGCUGGGCGACGCCUUCGCUGACACGCUCGGCUUGGUGCUGGUACCUUCGCUUCUUCGUGCCUCCAUCGUUACCAUUGCCGUGAUUGCGGAUAGUGCGCGGCAGGCCUUGCGCUGCAUCGUGGAACACGCACGACUCGGACGUUCAGUAAUCUUUCUGUUCCAGGGUCUGCAGGACCAGAAAAGCGCCACAAGCCUCCGCGAAAUCACAGCCGAGUUGCUAUACGUCGCGUUGGCGAGACAACCUGCCUUUGACAUCGAGCGUCAUGCGGAAGAAUGGCGCCGAGCGCUGCGUACGGGCCUUGAAGACGCCUCCGCUUGUGUGCGUGCUCGCAUGCGCCACGCUUUUUGGCGUUACGUCGCUUUCCUGUGCUGGCAAGCCUUGCGCGCAUCGGCUCGAUCUGACGCGCACAGUUCACGCUACCGAGGCGCAAGUGGAAUGCCUCGACUCGUUGCGUUCGUGAACCAGUCGCUGGAACGGGAUGUUCUGCAAGCGCUUCGUCAGUGCACGCGGCGCACGCUGAUGGAACAUUGUCCCCGGGAGAACAGUGAGUCCAUUGCGCUGCGUUCGCCGUCGAGAGCAGCGUCGGGCGACGAGCAUCAGCACGCGCUCUUUUCCGAACUUUAUGCCGCCGUGUGCGAAUCUCUCUCGCAUCCGGAGCAAACAACACAGAGACACGUGAUGAACAAGGAGAACCAGAGUCCAUUUGAAGCGGCAGCUACCCGAAAGUCGGCGCAUGGCGCGAGUCUUGGAAGCUGUGCGCAGUCAGACGACUGGUCUGGCGUGGGUCGGGUGCCCACGCGCGCCCUCGGUGGAGCGCUCCGAGUUGGUGUGGGCAGGGAGUCAGCAGAUGAAAACGUUGAUCGGGUGCGACGACACGCGCGUCUGCUGAGCGGGCAUCCACCUGCAGCCACAUCGCCAGAGCGGCCUUGCGAGCAGGCCUGGGUCCCGAGUCGCGAGUACCAACGAGCAGGCCGAGCGCCAGCAGCAGCAGCAGCAGCAGCAGAGCCUAUGCUACCACUUGCCGCAAAAUGGCGUCCAGCAAGGCGCACGGUGGCGGCUCAGUCGCCACUUGGCGAGCCAGCGCUGGCUCCGGUGUGUCAGCGAGAGCAUGACAACGACGACAACGAUGACGCGGACGAGUACGCAGUGCCAGCGGCCGAGGCUAUGGCCCAGGACGGAGAUGGCUGCUGUCGAGGAACGGCGCUGCAGCUGCUGGUAACCAGAAUUGAGGAUGCCGGUGCCGACUGGCGCAGACGCCUAGACGCGCUCAUUGCGCUGGAGGAGGAGUUUUGUCGCCAGCGCAGCGCAUCAGCAGCAGCAUCGGCAGCAGCGGCAGCAGCAGCAACGCCAGGUCAAGCGACAUGCGAUACCGUGCCUUUCGAGCUCAUCCAGGAGCUGAUUGCCUGUCUGCAUCGCUGUCUCGCUGAGAAGCAGCACAGCGUGCUCCAACAGACGGAGCGGGUGCUGCUAGCAAUCCUGGCUCUUGUUCCAGACAUGCUCGCCGCCACGGAUCUGGAACAGGCACUCCACGCGUACCCGCUACUGGGCAGGCUGUUGAAUCAGUGGCCGCGUACCCAGCCUAUUCUGGUUGCUUUCAUACCACGCCUGGCGCUGGACGCAGGCUUGCGGCUCUUUUUGCGACAUUGCUCGAUGGAGCCGUUGCGUAAUGCUGCGGAGAAUGCGCAUCCACGUCUCGCUGAGCGUACAUUGCUGUUUCUGGAUGCCUGCUUCCGAGCGACGGAGCCCGAGCUGGUCGCAUGGCAACGCGCUCUGCUCGGUUGCAAUGCACCAACUGGACGAGACGCUCUUUCAGCGCUCGUGGCGCGUCUUCACGUUCUGCACGAUCGGACGCAGAUCAAACAGCCUCUGGUGCGCCGUGCUGCUGCUCAGUUGUUGGAGACGCUUCGCAGUCGCGCAGAUCCGAUUCUGUGGGCGCCGCUGGUGAAGACAGCAACGACAACGACAACGACACCGACACCGUGUAGCCCAGAGACGAUGCUCGAUUCAAACAAUGCCGCACAUUUACCCAGGAGCCCGGCAAUCGCGAAUCGGCAUCGACUGCAUUGUCAGCUUGCGCUGGCGUCCACGGAUGCCGUGUCGCCUGUGCGACUGAGGUCGCCAGCACCUCGCCAGCGGUCUCCCGCGCGAACGCAACUGCAGCUGUUGAACCCGGAGAGCUUGGAAGCGUUGCGCCAAGUACGCGUCUCCUGGCGGAAUCGCGCAGCUCCUACAGCUCCAGCUACAGCUACAGCAACUGGUGCCGGUGGAGUCGGCCAUCACGAGGCCUGCGCGCAGGCGCACCUGCUGCUCGACUGCGCCGCCCAGCGGGCAAACGAUCUGGCCUGGCAGGAGUCGGCGUUGCGUACCGCCAUUGAACUGGUGCGGCAUAUUGGCGCAGCACUGCUGGCCACUGUACCAGAUCCGGGCGAUGCUGUGGCUGCGGAUGCGGACGCUGUGCUCCGAGCGCUGCUAUGCUGGGCCCUAACAACUCGCGAACAGGCCAAGCCUGGGUCGCUGCUCAGGGUGUCUGCAAACCGUCUCGCUCGAGCGAUACAAGUGACCUUUCAAUCGGCUGGACGGUCGCUGGUGGAGCCGUGCGAGGCGCCCACGUCAGCGGCAACGUCCACCAAUUCACCGAGCGACGUGCACAGGUGA